UCAUGGCGAAGCUCACAAUAUAUGUGGCCAACACAAUAUUGAUGUCAAUUUUGUGUACGAUCACAUUGUACGUGGUAGGAUGUCGCCGGCAAGUGAAGUGGUGUUACGCGUGCGGGCAUAUGGGCAGCAGAAUGUAGAAUUUGCGCUUUCUGGGCCCGCAUCUUACGAGAAUAGAGGGCCUUCUACCUGGUGGUUGGUCGUCGUAUUAUUCUUCUGCUCUGGUGGCGUGUUAUCGACUGUUGAAUGGGGAGUAUCAUCCUCGUAUCGAUUACUAUUGGGGCUGCUGCUGGCUGUAUUAGCCACGUGGGUCUUCCAAGCCUCAGGCAACGUCAUAGUCGAAGAGUCGAUGCUGGUGGUACCUGCACUCGGAGUGAAGCUGAGCAAGAGGCGACGCAAUGGAGCUGUAAGCAGCAAGUUCGUGGAUCUAGAUAAGAUUUGCGGCGUCGCAGUGAACGAAGCAAUCACGUUCUCCAACGUGGUGUACUCAUUGGUAUUCAUGGUCGAAGGGCAGAGUGAAAUGAUGCUGCCAUUCGAGACGUUUCGACCACGGGUGGUGACACUACAGGAGAUUUACCAGGAUACAAAGACACUGCUUUUCCCCCAUGGUAGUGACCGGAAGAUGCGCCUUCCUGAGGGCAUCGCACCUCGGACGUGUUGACCUUAUUGAUCAUUGUGUUGCUCUAGAACCAGUUUUGAUUGUUGCUACUGCGUCCUGUUUCUUUUUAUCGUUUAACCUGUUUGGAAUGCUGAGAAUCCGCCAUCUUCCUUACAGGAGACGGUUGCGAAUGUCCUCAAGUUUCUUCAGUACCUCGGCUGGCGUCCGGUCGAGGUCUUCAGCCACGCUAGCCUGCUUCUCCACGCUGAGA